UAACAAGUUGCUUCAGUAUCAGCUAUGAAGACUUCAUUUUCUGCAUUCACAGCUAUUCUCUCCCUCUCCCUCCUCCUCUUCCUCUCCCUGCCAUCUCCAUCUCUAGCUGCCGCGAAAUGCAACGCGGACGACAAGAAGGCCCUUCUACAAAUCAAAGCAGGCCUGAACAACCCCUAUUACUUGGCCUCAUGGAAUCCAAACACUGACUGUUGUUCAUGGUAUGCUUUGGACUGUGACUCAAAAACUGGCCGUGUCAUUCAUAUCACCAUCUUCGAUGACAACAAAGUCUCGGCUCAAAUUCCGGCUGCUAUCGGCAACCUUCCGUAUCUGGAGAUGCUAGAUAUGAAUAGACUCCCAAAUCUUGUUGGUCCAAUCCCAUCUUCCAUUUCCAAGCUGACUCGUCUCAAUUUCCUUAGACUGAAAUCGAAUGGGCUAUCAGGGCCAGUUCCCUCCUUCCUUGGCCAGAUCAAGUCCCUGACUUUCUUGGACUUGUCAUUCAAUCAGUUCUCUGGUUCAAUCCCUCCUUCACUUACUCAAUUGAACUUGCAAGGCUUCGAUGUUAGCAAUAACAACCUCUGUGGUCAGAUUCCCCAAGGUGGGAAGUUGCAGAGCUUCGCUUCCUCAGCAUAUGAUCAUAACAAAUGCUUGUGUGGUUCUCCUCUUCCAGCCUGCUAAGUGUCCACUGAUUCUGGGAGUUGAGGAAAGGAACAUUUGGCUUACGCAAAAAUAUCCAUCCCAUAUUGAUUGCACUGCCACAUGUUCACUUACUUUCCGGUUGUUGCUCAAGAGUUACAGUUAUUAUUAUUACUAUUUAAAUAAGAUGUCGGCAUGAAGUUAAUAACUAAAACAUUUGUAUCCAGUUCUGUGUCAUGUAUAAUAUGAUCCUUGGAAUAAAAUUUGUUCCACCAGAAGUGGAAUGUUGUAUGAAAAUUCUCGUAUCUGGGAAUUGAAUUCCUUAGGCUGAUUAGU